AGUUGGCUAGUACUAUGCAUUUAAAGCAGCCAGUUUAACAUGGCUAACAAUUCACCUCGCCAGAUUUGAUAAAAUAUUAAUCAGGACAUGUAUUACAAGUUGGAGGAUUGGUCCUUUUAGUUGCAACUAUGCAAUCCAUACAAUUCCCUGCCGUGACGCAAGUAGUACAAAAAGUGGGGCAAUUUAUACAAAUGUCACUCUACAAAGCAUAUCCUGAUACGCAAGUACAAUCUUAAGGGUUCUUGUUGGCUGGAUUAGUGCAUGGAGGACAGGAUGUUUCUGUGUAACAAUUUGGACAUCCAGUCAUGCAUUAGAAGGAAUAAACAUGA